UGGAUUCAAAAAUAAUCCUAAAUAUUGUAAUAUUAUAUAACAUGUUAAGGUUUAUUGAUAUUGAAUUUAUAUCAGCAGAGCGAAAAGUGAAACAAUCUUAUCGCAUCUACCAAUUAGUCGAUGGUUGCCCAGAAGCUAAGGGAUUAAAACUACCAAUGCAAUUGAAAAAUGUUAAGAUAGAAUUAAAAAAUAACACAUAUAAGAUUUUCUUCGACGUAGUCAUCAAUGAAGACAUUCCUGAAGACUUUAAGUCAGAAUUUCAAAUAAUGAAAUGCAAGGAUAAGGGCUCAUUAGAUUCUUGCGAGAAAUACCAUAAAAUACCUAUUCCAUAUACCUGUAAACUUUUGAAUGCCAAUGGUCCUUGGUUAAGUUAUGUUCAAGCUAUGAAACCACCUCUAGAAUGUCCUCUAAAAAAAGGAGCUUAUAAGUUAUCGCAAGGUAUAAGCGCAGACGUCCAGGAAAUGGCUAAACUUCAUUUCGUAGAUGGAAAUUUCUUUAGAAACUCUAUAAUGUGUUUUGGACAGAAAUCAAAUAAACUUAUAUUUUGUGCGUCUAAUGAGAUACAACUUGCUUAA